AUGGUCCUAGACGACGCCUCUCCACAGGCGUACAAUACGUCCUCUCAGCAGGAUGGCCAGAACGCCAUCCAAAAUAACGCCAACUCCUCCAUAACCCAUUAUCAAAUCAAGCCCGAAGCAAUCGUUACGCCCGACCUCUUUACCCUCUACUUCGGUUUCGCUGGGAAUUGGAACUGGCAACGCACUCUGGUAAAUACACUCACAGAGCGCGUGGAGAAUGCCCGUGUGCUAGUUCAACGCCCGCCUACACAGGACGAAAUGGACGCCUUCGUCACGCACAGCAGUCGCAGUUUAUACCACGGACGGAUUGGAGCACCGCUUGCUAGUGGACUUGCUAUGGCAAGGAUGUAUUACCAGGCGCGGAAGACGGACCAUUACAAGGCGAUGGUGCCUGGUGCAGAGGAGGGGAAAUUGCCCAGUGCAAAACAAUUAAUGCAGGGAGUUACGAGGUUUGCGAAGACGGAUCCUACGGCGUUUCGGUCGGUGGCGGCAGCUUCAGUGUUCAAGUUGUUCUUUUGGACGCUAACGGGGGCGACAAUGUCGAGUAUUUAUGCAGUGUAUAAUGAUACCGUUGCGACAAUGUCGGAUCCGAGGCUGGUGAAUUUCGUGAAGGAGGUGAAGCAACAGAAACCGGAGGAGGUGCGGAAGCGGAAAGUAGACGCUGCACAGGAUAGGUAUCGGCAGAACCAGCAACGGAUGACGUCGCAGCCACAAAAAUCGCAGCAACCGAGUGAGAUGGUGCCGGACCAAGCGAGUGGUGGGCCUACAGAAAGUUACGAGCAGCAGGAUUAUAGCGCGAUGUACGGUAACAGCGCGGAGCCCACGACUCCUUCCCGUUCCUACGAUCGUCCGACCCCGAUGGAAUCGACCAGCAGUAACUGGUAUAGUGGAAGGAAGGAACAAGACUCUGUAUCCGACUUCUUUGACGACGCUAGUCCUACGGCACCCGAAUACCAAAACCCCCACACCAAUACUACAACCUCCCAGCCUUCUCAACCCAUCUUUCAGCGCGGCGCAUGGGAACGAAUUCGCCAACAGAAUUCCAAGGGGCUAUCCACCCCCCAAGGCCAAGAAUACUAUCGCGGGCAGUCUGACGGGUGGAAUACACAGAGCCAGAGCCAGAGCAAUAGCAGCAGCGGCCAGGAUAUGGAAAGACAGCGGGAAAAAGAACAGGCACGCGCUGAUUUUGAGCGGAUGCUAGACGCUGAGCGGAAUUUGUCGAGUGACGAUUCGGGGAAUGGCAAGAAUAAGGGUUGGGAGCGAUGGAGUUGA